AUGAUAAUGGAAGUGCUCACAAGUUACAAAGGAGAAGACGCCACUUCAAGAAGCAGUGACUCUUUCGUCCUUUCAUCAUCCGAGGAUGCUGAAUCGUCAAAGGAUACUAGUCUCCCAUCGAUUGUCCGAUCUUUGGCACAGAGUUCAAUUACAAAACAAACGGCGGUGACUACGUCGAUCUCGACGAGUACCCAUUCGUCUGGAAGCUCAAUUCGAAGUCCACACAGAAGACAACCCAAGGCGGAAACAUUAAGGUGUUUCAAUCCUAAAUCGAAUGCAGUUCCAACUCUGGACUUUGGUGCUGCAGGCCUGGUCGGCAGAGACAAUGAAAUAUCAACUUUGAAAUUGUGCUACGAUCGUCUGACAACCCAAGGCAAGAAGGAGCUGAUUCUGGUCGGAGGCCAAUCUGGGGUUGGAAAGUCAAGCGCAAUCAGAAGCAUGGAAAAUGAAAUCUCAGUUGAAGGAUUGUUUGUGGAAGGCAAGUUCGAUAUGAAUACUAGCAAUGAACCUUACUCUGGAGUGGCAGAUGCGUUUGGCAUCAUUUGCGGAAAGAUCAAGGAAGCAGGACCCGAGGCGAUCGCGGACUUUCGGCAGGAUCUGCGGAAAGAACUGGGGGACAAGCCUGGAAUGUUGGUUCAACUGAUUCCUGAACUCCAUGACAUCAUGUUUAUCGAGACAUCAGAAGACUCAACAGUUGGAUCGAUUGACAGAGUGGACGAAGCGGAAGGUGGAAUCGACCGUCUAAGAUUCUCAUUUCGAGUGCUGACACGAGUCUUCAGCACUUUAUUUUCUCCCCUCGUCUUGUUCUUGGACGACCUUCAGUGGGCGGACGUGUCAUCACUCCAAGUGUUGGAGUACUUGAUUUUGGACAAGGAGAACGAACAUCCUCUCAUGAUUAUUGGGGGCUACCGGUCGGAGGAAGUGGGUGAGAAUAGUAUGCUCCACAACAAAAUGGUAGGGCUCCGAGGCAAGACAGACAAGUUUCAUUUUCACUUGACGGAGCUGAUGAUCGAAUCUUUCGGCGUCAGAGACAUUGAAAAGGUUAUCGCAGCAGCCUUGCCAUCAUUAUCCGCUGAUCAUGAGAUUGGACUUGCUGCUUUGUGUCAUCAGCGAACACUUGGCAAUCCUUUCUUUACAAUCGAGUUUCUGAAGAUGCUUCACUCCGAUGGGAUGUUGGCAUUCGACCACAAAACAAACACUUGGUCAUGGAAUCUAUUAGAUAUCGAAAAAGAGACAAUGUCUACUGCAAACGUAGUCAUCAUGCUUGAGCAACAUCUGAGGAAGCUUCCAAAGCAAAUGCAAGUACUACUGCAGUGCGCUGCUUACCUCGGAUCGUCGUUCAGCGAACCGACAAUCGAUCUUGUCUGGAGUACGUAUGGACGCAGAUUGGUGGAAGAAAGAAUUGAACCGGUGUCAUCUCUCCUUCCGCUUCUCGUUUCUGACAGCAUCUUCGAGAAAGGUGAAAAGCAACAGUAUCGAUGGACACACGACAAGCUUCAAGAAGCUGCACUUUCUCUCUCUGAGGCGCGUCGAGAUACCUUCCAAAUGGACAUAGGGAAAACUCUAUACUAUGGACUAACAAAGGAGCAAGUUGAAGAAGACUUAUUCACGAUCGUUGACCUCAUCAACAAUGGCAACACUUCGAAGCGGUCGGAAUUUGCUGGUAUGAAUCUUAGAGCAGCAGAAAAAGCACGUGAUAUCUUGGCGUUUCAGGCUGCCAGCGAGUAUGCUUCCGAGGGUAUUUGUCUUUUGCAAGAAACGGACUGGCUUCAAAAUAAGCCCGUGACCCUUAGUCUGUAUACCAUUGGAGCAGAAGCAGAACUCAUCCUUGGGAACGUCGAUGCUGCCGAGCGAUAUAGAGAUGUAGUGCUCUCUCGAUCUGACCUUUCGACACUUGAGAUGCUUCCAUUACAGAUCGGCAAAGCCAAGGCAUUGGGUGAUAUAGAACUAAAGUCGCAGGAGGCACUGGAAUACUGUCUUGGACUAUUGAAGAAUCAUGGAUACCGACUGACAUGGGUUCGGCCGUUGGCUCUCCCACAAGCGCUGGCAAGUCUCAUUCGUACAGUGAAGAAGGCAAAGGCAAAGCCUCAGAGUUUCUAUGACGCAAUAAAGGCUUCUGACAACACAAAAAAUAAGUUCAUUGGGUACUUGCUUUCGAAAGCUGCCUAUAAUGCGUAUACCGCUGGGGACUCAGCGAUGUACCUCCUAAGCACUGUGAAAUUGAUUGACAUUACAAUGGAGUCUGGCGUGAACGAGUUCUCAGCUAGUGCCUUCACAUUCUUGGGCGUCAUGUCAGUCAUCGUCUUGCAGGAUUACGAGGCGAUGGAACGCUUUGUAAACAUUGCCCAAGGGAUGCUGAAGAAGUUUCGGGGAUUGCAUGCUGCAGAGUCGAUGUUUGUUGGACACCAACUGGGUCUUUUUUGGGUAAAGCCUCCCGAAAUCGGUCGCGCUGUGGCUGAAAAGGCUAUUUUAGCGGGCAGAAGAGAAGGUGACUUGGUGUUCACAUCGUGGUUGAUAAUGCAACAAGUUGUGUUUCUCCCGUACACAACAGGACGUCCACUCGAAUCAAUCCUGGAAGGCUGCCCCAAUGUCUUGGCAGAAUUCGAAGAGACCAAGGCUGGGGGAAAUAUCUUGAGCAUCAAGAACCACUAUCAGAUGCUUCUGAAUCUGAGUGAUCCUUCGUGUGAAAAUCCAAGUGUGCAUAGUGGCAAAAUAUACAUCGAUACAAAUGAAGAUCACAAAGAUAACCUCGUUCAUUUGUCCGAUAAAACUUUCGCAGAAGGAGAACUCUCGUUUUGGCUCGAAGACUACGAGAUUUGUGCGAAACGAGCGCUAAAGGUUGGCGAGACCUAUGCUAAGGCAGGCCCAGCCAUUUAUUUGAACCAGAUUGAAUCAUUUCAUCGAGCAGUUGCCUUAUACGCCGCCGCAAUCAAAACGAAGAACGGCAAGUACAAGCGCGCGGCUAACAAGAUCAGGAAGAGGAUGGCAAUGUUGGCACAAUAUGAAAAUACAACAAUCCAGUAUUAUUUUACUUUUUUAACGGCUGAACAUCUUGCAUCAAAUAAGAAGCUCAAAGAGGCAAGAACGAAGUACGAACAAGCCCUGGAAGCGGUUGGAAAGUUGGGACAUCUUCAUCAUCUCGGACUGUUCAAUGAGCGUUACUCGGAUUUCCUUCAGCGGGAACUGUUGUCAGCGAAAGAAUCAAGGGAUCGAUUGGAACAAGCAAUCGACUACUACAGGGAAUGGGGAGCUGUUCACAAGGUGAAGGCUUUGGAAUCUAGACUGUAA